UUUGAAGACCAUAAAUUUACCAUCCCCUCGCGGGGCUCUACUUGAAGCCAACUAGGAGAUAGUGCAUUGUAGGGGUGCAGAGCACCGUGUUGUGUGCAUUCAAACCGUUGACCAAUGGUCCAAAUUGCCGAAGAGUUGGACGGUUAAGAUUAUGGACAACAUCAAACAAUCCGGAACAUUGAUUGUCGAGAUCAACAGCCCAUAUGUGCACAGCAGCUCUCCGAGUAUAAACUAGUCUCAAAGAAGUUGAUAAUAAUUGUGGGACAAUCUGUUCCCAAUCCUAUUCAAUGAUUAGUCUCCGAGUCUGUAUCCACACUUGUUUACUGUUGGGAUUAAGCCCGGUAAUCCCACCCACAAUGGAAGCGUAACAAACAAAAAACGAAAUCACACACAAGAGAACAACACAAUCCAAAAUACGUGGUUCUCCAAACUCGGGUACGUCACGGGAAAGAGAGAAAUCUUCCACUAUAUGAAAAAUGGAGAUUACAAUGUGAGAUGUAAAAUCCUUCCCGAGCUCCUAACACAUAGCUUUAUACAAUGUUUUACACUCACCCCUACAACUCUAUUUUUCCCUCACAUCUUUUCUCCUCUCACCUCCUGGCCGGUGUCUCCGGCAACCCCCAAAGGGGCUGCCCUCUCCUUUUUCUCACACUCGGCACACCCAGCACACAUGCACCACUUCACUUAAAUAGGACUAGGAGAAAGAUCUACACAGUUGGCUCUUCAAAUUGCAAGCAUCACAAAUGCUCUGGGAAUUGCUGGCACCCACUCAAGAGAAUUUUCAAUGACCAUAUUUACAUGGGCUAAUUAAAUACUCAACAACCCAUUAUUCACUUUUUCUUUUUCUUUUCAAACUGCAUUUAAUGUGGGAAAAACCCAACAUUUACAAACACCAAAACUAACUCCCACAAAAACUCCUCCUCCUUCCUCCACCGGUCGCCAUGUCGGCCAAACUCAACUUCCGGCGACAUCCCAUCCACAAAAUCAUCUCUCUCCUCUGCUUCCUCUCCCUCAUCUCUCUCUCCAAACCCACCACCGAGCUCCAAAGCCUCCUCAACUUCAAAACCUCACUCUCAAAAUCACCCACAGACGCCUUUGACAAAUGGGUUCCAGACCAAAACCCAUUAUGCAACUUCACCGGAAUCACUUGCAACCCCAACAAAAUGGUCACAGAAAUCAAUCUCUCUCAACAGAACUUAUCCGGCACCCUGCCUUUCGAUUCAAUCUGCUCUCUUCAAUCGCUCGAAAAAAUCUCCCUGGGUUCUAACACCCUGUUUGGCAGCAUCACAGAGGAAGUUUCAAAUUGCACCAAUUUGAAGUUCUUGGAUUUGGGUUGGAAUUCGUUUGUAGGAAAAGUCCCAGACAUGUCCUCUUUAACCCAACUCAAGUACUUGAACUUGAACCGCAGCGGAUUUUCCGGCCAAUUCCCAUGGAAAUCUCUGGAAAAUCUCACCAAUCUUGAAUUCUUGAGCCUCGGUGACAACUCAUUUGAUAAAAACCCAUUUCCUUUGGAGGUACUAAAUCUUGAAAAUUUGUACUGGUUGUAUCUCACGAACUGUAGUAUCGAAGGGAAAAUCCCGGAGGGAAUUGGAAAUCUCACUCUGCUCCAAAACCUCGAGAUUUCAUCUAACUUUCUGGUUGGUGAAAUUCCACAAGGAAUCACGAAGCUGAAAAACCUCUGGCAGCUUGAGCUCUAUAGCAAUAACCUUGUUGGAAAAUUUCCAACUGGGUUUAGAAACCUCACGAACCUGAUCAAUUUCGAUGCUUCAACUAACAGUCUUGAAGGAGAUUUAUCAGAGAUCAAGUACUUGGUAAACCUCGUGUCGUUGCAGUUAUUCGAAAACCAAUUCUCCGGGGAAAUCCCAGUCGAAUUUGGGGAGUUCAAGUCCCUCCAAAACCUCUCUCUUUACACCAACAAGCUCAGUGGAUCACUUCCACAGAAAAUCGGAUCGCAUUCGGGUUUGGAAUUCAUCGAUGUUUCGGAGAAUUCCCUGACGGGUCCAAUCCCACCUGAAAUGUGCAAGAAUGGGAAAAUGACCGAACUACUUAUGCUUCAGAACAGUUUCACCGGUGGAAUACCUGAAAACUAUGUGAAUUGCUCGUCGUUGCAUCGUUUUCGGGUGAACAAUAAUUCACUAUCCGGUAUAGUCCCUGCAGGAAUUUGGAGCUUGCCAAAUUUAUCUAUAGUUGAUCUCACUUGGAACCAAUUUGAAGGUCCAUUGGGGUCCACUAUUGGGGAGGCUAAGGCCUUAGCACAGCUCUUUUUAGCUCACAACCGAUUUUCUGGUGAAUUACCGGCCACAAUUGGGGAAGCUACGUCUUUAGUUGACAUUGAGUUGAGUUCAAAUCAGUUUUCCGGUGAAGUUCCGGUGACAAUUGGGAAUUUAAAGAGGUUGAGCAAUCUUCAUUUAGAAAACAACUUGUUUUCUGGUACUAUUCCGGAGUCUCUAGGCUCAUGUGUUUCUCUAAAUGAUAUAGGCCUUGCCGGAAAUUCAUUUUCCGGCGAGAUACCGGCUAGUAUCGGUUCUUUACGGAGCCUGAACUCUUUAAAUCUAUCUGACAACAAACUCUCCGGAGAAAUUCCGAUGAGGUUGUCGUCACUUAGACUUAGCCUUCUUGACUUAUCGAACAAUCAACUGAUGGGUCGAAUACCGGAAUCUUUAUCUAUUGAAGCAUUUAAAAGUAGUUUUGCUGGAAAUCCGGGCUUGUGUAGUGAAAAUCUUGGGAAUUUCCAGUCAUGUUCGUCGGAUUCCAGCAAGUCCGGCGAUUUUCGAACGGUUAUUUCUUGCUUUGUAGCAGGGGCAAGUGUCUUGUUCCUGUCACUUUUAUGUUUCAUGUAUGUUAAGUGUAAGCCGAAAGGUUUUGACCAUCCGAUCAAACGACGUAGUUCUUGGGCUAUGAAACAAUUCCAUGUGUUGAGCUUCAGUGAAGAGGAAGUUGUAAAUGCAAUCAGAAAGGAAAACUUAAUUGGCAAAGGUGGCUCAGGAAAUGUGUAUGGGAUCAGGCUAAGGAGUGGAAAACAAUUGGCUGUGAAGCACAUUUGGAAGUCGGAUUCCGGCGACCGGAGAAGUUGCCGUAGCAGCGCAUCCAUGCUAGCAAAGGGGAGUCUCCUGUCGCCUGAAUAUGAUGCGGAGGUGGUCACAUUGAGCUCCAUCAGGCACGUGAAUGUGGUUAAACUCUACUGUAGCAUCACAAGUGAGGACUCGAAUCUGCUCGUUUACGAGUAUCUACCAAACGGGAGCUUGUGGGACCGGUUGCACACAUGUCAGAAGAUCGAGAUGGAUUGGGAGGUGCGAUAUGAGAUUGCAGUCGGGGCCGCUAGGGGGUUGGAGUAUCUCCAUCACGGGUGUGAUAGACCUGUGGUACACCGGGAUGUCAAAACUAGCAACAUUUUGUUGGAUGAGCAAAUGAAGCCUAAGAUUGCAGAUUUCGGCCUAGCAAAAAUUUUGCACGCAAAUGGAAGCAAGGACUCUACCAACAUCAUUGCAGGAACGUAUGGUUACAUCGCUCCAGAAUAUGCCUACACAUACAAAGUAAACGAGAAGAGCGACGUCUAUAGCUUUGGGGUGGUUCUGAUGGAACUUGUAACUGGAAAGAAGCCCGUUGAACCAGAGUUCGGGGAGAACAAUGACAUCGUCCAGUGGGUGAUAAAUGACAUGAGAAGCAGAGGCAGCGUCCUUCAUUUGGUGGACUCGACGAUUUCCGAGGCCCAGAAAGAAGAUGCAGCAAGGGCGCUGACAAUCGCGAUGCAUUGCACGAUGAAGAUUCCGGCCCUUCGACCUUCAAUGAGGAUGGUGGUGCAGAUGCUGGAAGAGGCUGAACCUUGCGAAUUGACAGGGAUAAUUGUGAAUAAAGACGGUGAAAACGGUAAGAAUUGAGGAGCUUGCGUAAGUGAUAGUGAGUUCGAUAGGAGAAUGGGAAUUAUGGGGAAUUUACCGUAUUGGGGCC